CAAAGACAAGAAAAAGGGUGAAAAGAGACAGGUUUAGUCUUUUAAGCCAUAGCCAAUAAUACACUUAUUUGCAGAGACAGAGGAAGAGAGAGAGAGAAGAAACAGCCAUGUUUUGAGGAAGGAGACAUGCAUCAUCAUCUUCUCCAGCUUGUUACUUAACUUCUCUUUCUCUCCAUCUUUUACCAAAUCUAGACACCAAAGGCCUUUUUGCUUUGGUAACAUUAGCUUAUCAAGAAGACAAUGCAAGUGUUCCAAAGCAAAGAUUCAUCUGGGUCUACUUGGGAAAACUCAAACAUUCAAAGAUCUCAAUCUUUCAGCUUGACAAAGAACAUGAUGAUGAUGUCUACUACACAACUCCCCAGCUCGAUGAAACAUUCGAGUUUGCAGCUGCAAAAUCAAGAUUCUUCCUCAACGCAAUCUACUGGAGAAUCAGGCGGUGGUGAAGCUGCAAGCUUUGGAGAACCUAUCCAUUAUGGAUGCAACAGCAUUGUUGCUAAUACCAAUCUCUCAGGUUAUAAUAAGUCAACAACGACCUCGUCGAUAGUGUCUCAAGAGCCUGUGUUUCCUCCUUCUGCUUGUGGUCUACCAUCUUGGCCUCUUCAGUGUGCUGAAACAUCACAUUUCAAUGGUUUCCUGGCUCCUGAAUAUGCAUCGCAACCAACGCUAUCGCAUUUGGAAAUGAUGGGUUUGGUUACUCCAAGAGUGCCAUUGCCUCAUAACAUUCAAGAGAACGAACCAAUAUUCGUCAAUGCAAAACAGUACCAUGCCAUUCUUCGUCGCAGGAAGCAUCGUGCUAAGCUUGAAGCUCAGAACAAACUCAUCAAAAGCCGUAAACCGUACCUUCAUGAGUCUCGCCAUCUUCAUGCUUUAAAGAGAGCUAGAGGCUCUGGUGGACGUUUCCUCAAUACAAAGAAGCUUCAAGAAUCAUCAAACUCAUCACUCUGUUCUUCUUCUCAAAUGGCAAAUGGAGAUGGAGAAGGUUUCUCAAAGAGCUCGACCACACCAAGCUCCGGUUCAGACCGUAACAACAUGUUCCAGAACACACCGUUCAGAUUCUCAGGGUAUCCAUCAACACACCAUGUCUCAGCUCUCAUGUCAGAGACUUGAGCCAAUCUGGGAAGUCAUCCUUGGCUAUAAACUGUUACUGCUUCUUUACAAAAUUUCUACUUUCAAAAACUCUCUGUUUUCAUCAUCUGCAAUCUCAACUCUAUAAAUUGAAGCAACUUUCAUAUCA